CCUUGAGCAACAGCAGCGAAUAAGGAUUGGUAGUGGAGAAGAAAGUGAUGAUAGGGAGAUAAGAGUAUGGUUGGAAGUGUUUGAUGACUCCUCACAGAAAAUUAAGAGGAGAGAAAAUUGCAGUAUCUCCCAACUAUCAAUGGCUCAAUAUAGCGACCUUUCAUAGACAAAAAAGAAAAUAGGUCGAAGAGGAAAGCCAACAGGCCGAGAAGAUAAGACCUUAUCCCAACAAAUUGAAAUUGAUCUGUCUCAGACAAAAGAGCUCUGAGCUGAAUUGUCAAAGAAAGAUACCCUCAAGAAAGGAAGAAGAGGGCUAGCCCAUGGUAUUAUCGGAUUUUCACUAGAAGAUAUAAGAAAAGUUCAUAAAGUCAAGUCUGAGUAUAAUUCAACAACUUUUGGUGAAAAUAGUCUAGGAAAGAUGUUCACUUGUUUAGAUGUCUCUACUAUAGUUGGAGGAAUGAUUAAAAACUAGUGCUCACAUAAAGAAGAUAAUGAAGAUGCAAGAUCUUCCUUAACACUUUUAUUUAUGUCAGGAAAUGCCAUAUUCGCCCCCAUUUGAAAGGAUUAUCUCUG